AUGCAUGGCAGGAAUGGUGAGCUGGGUGCUGUGUGCCAUGUGGCCAAUGCGGUGCACACAUGUAGCAACUGUGCUGCCAGCUGUGCAACGGAAGAGGAAGGGGCCACCGUUGCCUUCACGAUGAAUGUGACGACACAUAAAUACGCCGGCCCUUAUGAAUUGUGGUGGCGCCAAUUUUCCCCCGACGGAACCAUCCAUCCGCCUGCACGGAGCAGCGAUGCUGACCGGACGGUCAUCUGUCAGUUGCCGCCACCCCGUGAAGGGAAGGAUGACACAAAAUCUGGUGGGACAACUGCGCCGCAAGUUGAUGCUGAGCCGUCACAUCAGAACGAGGAUUGGCGACAGUCUGCGGCGGCUGACGGACCGAACACCGUCGAUCAGAGUCCCGCAUCCAACACGGCGACCAACACGUCCGAGACGAAGCUUGAGUUUGCCACCAAUCCGAACGAAAUGAUGGUCCCGAAUGCGUCCAAGAAGAGGCCUUCCUUUGCCAACGGUCCGAGAAUAUUAGUGGCUCUGAAUGCAUCCGGGAUCAUGUCUGUCACUUAUGGCGGCAGGGAACACGUUGCUGCGGAUAACACGGACGAGGUGAAUGAGCGCAACGCCACUGGACACAAAUCUCUCGUUCUAGAAAAUGGCACUGCAGGCAGUUUAUUUUUUGCUGAGGGUGAUGCGGACGGAUUGACUCAACGCAAUGCCUCUGGACACGAAAACCGCAAUUACGAGAAUUCACCGCGCAGUAUUCCGAGAGCGGUGUGA